AUGCAGCGUUGGUUGAUGUUCUCCUGUAUUCUGGGAUGCCUUGGAGCGGCUUUCUCACUAUACACGGCCAUUUCGGUAGGAUCGAACGGUCUGGUAACGAUGAGCACUGCAUUACAACAGAUCUCUCCUGCCGUUACUGCCUUUAGCAACGCUCUCAACACUGGCCGCAAUCAAGCGUUUGUUAUUCUGAACGAUUUGAUGGGUUACGUUAACAUUACGUAUACGGCUCUGAACAAGACCUGGGCUCAAAAUCAAACAGAUUUAGCAAGUUUUAUGGAAAGCGUUCAGUAUACCAACCAGACCGUUAUGUACGGUGACCAAUCUAUAACUUCUCAAAUCUAUUGGAACCUCCAGUCGUUGAGCUCCAGUUUGCAACAAGGCAUUGACAAUAUCAUGCAAUACUACAACACGUUGGUAUCCCAGAUGCAGCAGGAAAGAGGAUUCAAACUAUGA